AUUUUUGAGAACAUCGGAUUUUAAUUUUACGAAAAGGGAAAGAGCCAAAAAGAAAAGGUCAACCUCGCACUUUCCCCCUUCCUCCUACAUAUAACACCGGCCUGCCAAAGCGAAACGGGAGAACGGAAAUCAACGAUGGAGGAGGACUCCGACGCCCCGAAGGUCGCCGGCGAGAUCGAGACCGCGUCGCCCCCGGAGCCGACGUCGUCCGCGAAGAGGAGCGUCCGGACGAAGGUGCCGGAGGUCGAGAUCCACCUGUACCGGCAGGGCAAGGGUCCCGUCGACGUCUUCAAGGCCAGCCUGGGCGGGUGGGAACAGGACCAGCUCGAGGUCCGGGACAUCCUCGACAAGUACGGCCUCAAGUCCAUCUUCGCCUUCAAUCCCGGGUCGGGCCGCGGCGCCCCCAUCCGGUUCAACCACAGGAACGGCCGCUCCAUGCUGCCCUACAAGGACGGCGCCGUCAUCUACGUCGACGGGGAGCCCAAGGACUCUUUGGUCAAGCCCAUUACCAAGAUCUUAAUUGGUGUAGCAGUCACGGCUUUGCUAGCAUUAGUUUCCAAAGAACAUCCAGAGUGGCUCCACAAGUUGAACAUCUUUGGCGGUAACUUCCCUCCAUGGAUCCUAGCAUGUGUAGUCAUUGUUUUCACUCGCAUGAGGAAGAGAACUAAGGACUUGCUGAAAAAGUAUGGUUGGUGAAGCAAGGGGACUCCAGCAUUCAACUUCUGGUUUGAUUUUCGCCAAUGUCCUCGAGUCUUGUCCGAAAGACAUGCUAAUGACUGAUUUAUUUUGGAAUUUGUUUCUGUAGUGAAGUGAGCAAUAACGGGUAGUAAACAAAUCCUUUUUGGAAGUGAAGGAAAUUCUGCAGGCAAAAGAUUUGCCACUCGUGCACAGUUCAGAUGCACAAUGUAAUGCAAAAAAAAAUUUAAGCCCACUUGUGUACGAUAUCCCUAUUUUUUCUACGAUUGCUUUGCACUUGGUCAUGA